GACAGCGGCGCCCGGGAGGCCGGCCUGAGCCGCAGCCCAAGUGACGUGGCGCCCACUCGCAGCUUCCUCGUCCGCCAGCCACGUCAGCGUCCGCCCGCUUCUCUGCCACCCCCGAACGUCUGCAGCGGAGACCGCGGGACUCCCUGACACCGCUGUCACCGAGGUGACCUGGAGCUGUGGCAUAUGGUUUCUUAUGACUUCACUCUCCCAACUUUAAAGGGUAGAAACCCCUUCUAAAAACACAACCGAAAAUGAACAAGUUCAAGGGACCUGUGACAUUAAGGGAUGUUACUGUGGAAUUCACCAAGGCAGAAUGGAAGUUACUGACCCCUGCUCAGAAGUCGCUUUACAAGAACGUGAUGCUGGAGAACUAUCGUCACCUGGUCUCUGUGGGUUACCGUGUGAUUAGGCCAAGUGUGAUCUCCAAGUUGAGGAAAGGAAAAGAGCCGUGGGUAUUAGAGAAAGAACUUCCAAAUCGGAACCGUGCUGACAAACGAGGGAAUGCUGCUGACCCCAGAGCCAAACACCAGGAACAGCAGGCUGGAAAUGCAAGGAAAGGAGACCCCAACCGACGGCGGAAAACUGCCACCCAGCAGGAAAGCCACGAGUGCGGCCAGUGCGGGAAGUCCUUCUGCCAGAAGUCGUCCCUCGUCGUGCACCAGGAAACACACACCAAGAAGUCCUAUAAGUGUGAGAAAUGCGGGCAGUCUUUCUAUACAAACGAAGAGCUCACGGUCCAUCAGAAAGUUCACACCCGAGAGAAAACCUACGCGUGUAAAGAAUGUAACAAAGUCUUCUACCACUUAUCAUCCCUCACUCGCCACCUGAGAAUCCAUGCAGGGGAGAAACCCUAUGAAUGUAGCCAGUGUGAGAAAUCAUUCUACCAGAAGCCACACCUCAUGGAGCAUCAGAAAACACACACCGGGGAGAAGCCCUUUGAGUGUAAGGAGUGUGGGAAGUUCUUCUAUGUGAAGGCAUACCUCCUGGUGCACCAAAAGACACACACAGGGGAGAAACCUUUUGAGUGUAAGGAGUGUGGGAAGUUCUUUUCCCAAAAGUCACACCUCACAGUCCAUCAGAGGACCCACACAGGGGAGAAACCCUAUAAAUGUAAAGAAUGCGGGAAACUCUUCUCUAGGAAUUCCCACCUCAAAACACACCAGAGAACGCACACAGGCGAGAAGCCGUACAAGUGUAAGGAAUGUGGCAACUGCUUCUACCAGAAGUCAGCCCUCACGGUGCACCAGCGAACCCACACUGGGGAGAAGCCCUUUGAAUGCAGCCAGUGUGGGAAAACCUUUUACUAUAAGUCAGACCUCACCAAACACGAGAGGAAACACAGCGGGGAGAAGCCCUAUGAGUGUACAGAGUGUGGCAAAUCCUUCUCUGUAAACUCAGUCCUCAGACUACACGAGAGGACUCACACGGGAGAGAGGCCCUAUGAGUGUGACAUAUGUGGGAAGUCCUUUUCUCAGAAGUCACAUUUUGUCAUACACCAGAGAAAGCACACGGGGGAGAAGCCCUAUGAGUGCCAGGAGUGUGGGGAAAACUUUAUCCAGAGGUCACAACUCACCACACAUCAGAAGACACAUGCCAAGAAAGGGAAAACUUCCAAAGAUGACAGGAGAGUAACUCUGCCUGACACUCAUCAUUUUACAACAGAGACAAGAGCUGACUCAGUUCUCCAGGCAACACUCCUUCCAACACUGGACAUAGGGACCCCAUUCUUAGCACAGAAGGGCGCACCGCCCCUUCCCCUGCGCAUGCGCGGGCUGCAUUUCGGCUCCUGGUCGAUGCCCGGCCUUGCGUCCCUCCUGGGAUCAUUUCUUGACCUUCGGCUCCGCGCACUGCGGGAGCGGCGGGUGAGUCCUACACGGCGGCAAGGGCGGAGGGUUCUGGGAGCUCGGGGCCAUGGGACCGCUGUCGGCAGCAAACAGGGAUCCGCGGGGGGCCGGUCUGGGGUGCAUUCGGACGCCGGGGUUCGGGCUGCGGGGGUCCAGAUGUAUUUUGCUCAUUUGUUGUGUGUAAUGACACAAUAUCCUGAAACCAUGGAAGACUGUGUGCCUGCCGAAAGUCUGAGCUCUUCCCUCCUCCACUCAGAGCAGAAAAUGAACAAAUCCCAGGAGCAAGUGUCGUUCAGGGAUGUGUGUGUGGAUUUCACCAAGGAGGAGUGGUAUCUGCUGGACCCUGCUCAGAAAGUGCUUUACAGAGAUGUGACCCUGGAGAACUAUAGCAACUUUGUCUCAGUAGGGUAUUGUGUUACUAAACCAGAUGUGAUCUUCAAAAUAGAGCAAGGAGAAGAGCCAUGGAUACCAGAAAAUGGAUUCCCAUGCUACCCAGAAAGGAAAUGGAAAGUGGAUGGCCUAUUGGAGAGCAGCCAGGAAGAUCAAGGUGACCAUUUGUGGCCGCUCAUGCUCACCAACAAGCUCAUGCAUGUAGACAGUGGCGGUAACCCAAGAAAAAGCUCCACUCUAGAAAUGGACCCUGUUUCUUCAACAAGUUUUCUGCUCAAAAUAUGUGACUCAUGUGAAAUGAAUUUAAAGAAUAUUUCAGGUGUCAUUAUUAGUAAAAAGAACUAUUCCAGAAAGAAACUUGAUGAGUUUAAUAUAGGUGAGAAGCCACUCCUUAAAAUUGGGCAUGAGAAAAUUCCCGUAGGAGCAAAAUCAUAUAAAUACAAUGAGAAAAGGGGUGGCCUCAGCCUUUGCCAGGGUCUCACAUGGCCAGUUUCUGGUCAGCCUUUUGAGUGUCAUGAAAACGGACAAGGCUUCCAUGAGGAAGUGGCCCUGUGCCCGAGUCAGCACUUUCAGCCAGGGCAGAUGCUCUGUAAACACACUGAGUGCGGAAGACCGUUCGUCGACGGUUUGAGGCUCAGUGUGUUGCAGAAAACUCACCUGCGUAUGGAGCCGCACGAAUGCAGCAUUUGUAGAAAGUCCCUUCGUGUGGAUUUGCAGUUUGGACAUGAGGGAGCUCUUCCCAGGAGCAGUCCUUGUGAGCGCAACACCUAUGACAAAAUCUUCUGCGAUGGCCCAGCUUUCAUUGGUCACCAGGAAGCUUACUCAAGACAGAGUGCCCAGGAGUAUAAAGUGAGUAACAACGCAUGGGCAAAGUCAGCUCUCUUUAAACACCAGCUAGUCCAGAUGGGGGCGAAACCCUAUCAGUACCAUGAAAACGGGAAACUUUUCAGAAAGAAAACGCAUCCCACCCGGUCUCGAAGAGCUCACUUGGGAGAAAAAACCUUUGAAUGUGUUGAGUGUGGUAAAAUGUUCUGGGAGAAAUCAAACCUCACCCAGCACCGAAGAACGCACACCGGAGAGAAACCCUAUGAAUGUACCGAGUGUGGGAAAGCCUUUUGCCAAAAACCACACCUUACCAACCACCAGCGAACGCACACGGGAGAGAAACCCUACGAGUGCAAGCAGUGUGGGAAGACAUUCUGUGUCAAAUCAAACCUCACCGAACAUCAAAGAACACACACAGGGGAGAAGCCCUAUGAAUGUAAUGCAUGUAGGAAAUCCUUCUGCCACAGGUCCGCCCUCACCGUCCAUCAGAGAACACAUACAGGAGAGAAACCGUUUAUAUGCAGUGAAUGCGGGAAGUCCUUUUGUGUGAAGUCAAACCUGAUUGUACAUCAAAGAACUCACACUGGGGAGAAGCCCUACAAGUGUAAUGAGUGUGCGAAGAUGUUCUGUGAAAAGUCAGCUCUCACUAAACACCAGAGAACUCACACGGGGGAGAAGCCCUAUGAGUGUAAUGUGUGUGGGAAGACCUUCGGUCAGAGGUCGGUGCUCACCAAGCAUCAGAGAAUUCACUCCAGGGUGAAGGCUCUGGCAGCCUCCUAGAUGGCCACCUUCCUUGUAUGCCUGUCAAGUCGGUUGUACGGUUUGAAAAGUGAGUUUAGAGCCUGCCAAAGAAUACCAGAGUCCUAGAAAACGCCAUUAUGUUGAAAUACAUGAAAGCUUUCAAGAAAAUACAAACUUUCAUUAGAAGAUUGUUUUAAAGGGAAAUCAUUUAUAUAAACAUAUGGUUAAAAAAAUCUAUAAAGUUUAAAUUAUAUGUCUUCCAAAUGUGUUUUAAAAUUGUAUUUUAAAUAUAAUGGAUAAUAUUGAUUUUACUUGUAUUCAUAGGGGAGUAUGAAACUUAAAAGUGAGUGAAAAUAGCAUUAAACAUGUAUGUAAAGAACAUCUUAUGUUUAUAGACCUUGUGUGAGUAUGCUAAUGUAAUAUUUAUGUACUUUAGGAAGUGCUUGAUCUGUGUAUUAGAACCCAGUAAGGAUGUGAGGAAAAGCUGAACCCUUAGUGUAACAGUUAUUAUGGUAUACUUUCAAUACUAAGUACCACCAGUGUCUUUUUAGGUUGAUAAGAUUAUGUAUGUUUAUGGACAUAUGUGUGAAUGUGGAUCUACAUAUAUGCAUAUGUAAAUAUAUUUAUAUGCAUGUACACAAAUGGUAAUGUCAUAAAGGCAGCUCACACCAACUUCAAAGCACUGAUAAUUGGUAAAAUUUCAAGAAUUGUGUGAAUUAAUCGUUUAAAGUUACACGAAGUUGCAGUUAAAUUAUAUGGAGAGCAAAGGAAAUAAAUAGCCCUCGUCAUCCCUACUGAUUUGCUGUCUUUCCCUGUUACCUUUGCUGCGUGCCAUUGGCCUCCAUGCUGCAGAGUGAGGCUACAGCCGCUGUCUCUCCAGACUCCACCACAUCCAUCCCUACUCUCAUGUUGGUAGCUUGGCCUUCGAAACCAACAAAGCAUGUGUCAGGGUAUGGAUUUCCUCAGAGAAGCUGUGCGCAUGUAAGCUAUAUGGCAGACUUAAGAGUACAAAUCACCCAUCCUUCUUUCUAGUUCCUAAAAUAAAUAAAUAAAAAUGGCUAUAGCCAUCAUUACCAAACUGUCUCUAUAGUAAAGAAGCCAAAAGAUGGUUUAUUGAGCCUUUUAAUUACCUCAGAAUUGUCUAGUUCUAAAUACUACCAUUCUCUUGUUAGGUUGGCCAGUAUGUUUCGAAUGACAUUGUUUCACGCACACACAAAACAUUAUCACAUACUUUUCACUAUUUUUGACCACGAGUAGGUGUGAUUAUUAUUACCAAACUACCCAUUUGGUGAAAAAAAAAUCAAGCAGUAUAUUUCUGAGGGUUUUUCUUAGCUACCUUUGUGUCAACCAUAUAAGUACUGUUAAUAAAAAUGGUAUUUACAUGACUUAACAUGAGUUGUAAAUGUUUAUACUGCACUCUAAAAAUGAAAUAUGGUAGUGUAUAAUAAAAUGCUCAUUUUUUU